AUGGGCACCGACCUCGGCGAUAUUUCCUGGAUUGUGGGCGGAUGGAGUAUUGUCCCCGCCAUCAGCUUUUCCCUUGCCGCUUCCAUGUCAGACGUCUUUGGUAGACGAUGGACAAUUGUUGCUGGCGAGGUUAUUGCAAUUGUCGGCUCUAUCAUAGCAUAUACCACCGAAUCAACGCUCAUGUUUGCCGCCGCGUCAACAACUAUUUGA